AUGAUGUUCUCCCUCAGGGAACCGGGAUCUGAUGGGAUCUCCUACCCCAUCAUCUCACACUUGGGAUUUGCAGGGGAGCUUGCAUUCCUGCAGCUCAUCAACAAGUCCUGGUAUACUGCCACACUAUUCCAGAGUAUGGGAAAAAUUAUAAUAGUUCCCAUCCCAAAACCAGGCAAAUACCAACCCAUUUUCCUCCCCAGCUGCCUGGGCAAAACAGCCGAAAGGAUGAAAAAUGGGACUCCUCAUGAACACCUGCAUGGGUUCACCAGGGGCAUGAGCACAACACACAGCAUCACUAUACUCCUUAGCACAAUAUACACUACAACCUCUGUGGUUGUAUUUCUAGACCUAGAGAUAGCUUUCGAAUUAUCAAGUCCCCUUGCCAUUCAGGAGUCCCUAAUCCACAAGGGAAUCAGAGGUAAACUUUUGGCCUGGGUAGCUGACUAUUUCAAGAACAGAACAGCAAACGCCAGAUACCACGGUCACCUAUCUCAGCUUUUGCCACUAGAAGAUGGAACGCCACUGGGUGGGGUUCUCAGUGCUACCCUUUUCAACCUCAUGUCCAGCAUACUGAACAUACACCCGUCAGAGGGAUGUAGGAUCAUCUUUUAUGCAGACAAUAUGGCAAACAUUUUUGGUAAGCGCUGCCUCAACAGAGCCCAAUGUUGUCUGGACCUUGUGUCUGAAGUGUUACAGGACGAGUCUCAAGAUUUCAGCAAUAAACUCAAAAGUUAUGGCUCUGAAAACCAAUGUCAAGAAAACAAAACUCACUGUCCAGAGCAUGGAUCUGGAAUGAGUUAA